AACUAGUGUGUUUGAAUGGGAUCUGCAGUCACAAGUUUCGUACAACCAACCGGAAUCCGGAUGUCAUCAUCUUUGCUUUUGUCUCAGCAUCCAGCCCAGAAUCCCACCCCACCGCCCUGCGUUUAUUUUUCACAAAAGCACAUCGAAAAUGUCGGGUUCUUCUAAUCUUGUAGCUAUGAAAAAAGUCGUGCAGCAGCUCCGUUUCGAGGCCAGCAUUAACAGAGUGAAGGUGUCUCAGGCAGCUGCAGACCUUCAACAGUUUUGCAUGCAGAACGCCACGCAGGACCCUUUGCUCACCGGUGUGUCCUCCAGCACCAACCCUUUCAGGCCACAGAAGGUCUGCUCCUUCUUGUGAAACCACUGCAUUCAUUGGCCUUCAUGUUGAUGCUACACGGAAAAGUUGACCUCAACACUGCUCCUCAUGCCAAGCCAUUAUACUGCCACAGGAUCUCUCGAGUGUAGAACACAUUGGAAUCAUGUCAGGAAGAUGCCCAUCUAUUUUCAGCCACAGUAGAAGAAAGGAGACCGUUUUAUUUUUCAUGGCACAGUGUGGUUUUUGAGGAAAUAAUUGUGCCUUUUCUAUUGUUCUAUUUUAGUCAUCACUGUUCUGGACUUUUUUGUAUUUAAUGAAU